GUCUACUGCAACUACCACACGCAGGUAAACAUAUACAUUUGUAUACCUAUACACACUUAAAUCUAACCUUCUGACUGAAAUCCUUAUAAUAUAAUAAUACGAAAGAUGAGAACAGGAGGUUAUUAGCGUUUUUUUUAUAUUUUAUUUUUGUGGAUAUUUUAAAUUCUGUUCGUAACGUGAAAUACAUUGGUUUUAACAUAAUAUCUACUUGAAAUCUUGCCCCAAUCAAAAACAGACAAGAGAUCUUUAUUCGUUAUUUGAUUUUCCAUAUAGGUUUUUUAAUAAUCGGGAUAAAGUGGGGGAAUUUACGGCAUAAAUGGUUUUAUUAUUUUCGAUUUCGUAGUAAUUCGGUUAUUUUUUUAUUAUUUUUUUGUUGUUUUACUAUCUUUAAUAGUAAAAUUAUUUUUUUUUUCUUAUAAUAAUAUAUGUCAAUAUAAUAUUAUUAUUAAUUAAUACUUUAGAGGAUGUCGAACGUAUUUUUGUCAGCUCUGUCUAUAUUAUAUGUUCCCAAGACAUUGUGUGGUUGUGUGAUAGUCCGCAAGGCGAUAGCUAAAUAAUUGUUAAAAGUGUUUAAUGUGAAGUAUAGUGGUUGUUUAGAGUUUAUUAACACGUACAUUUUUAUUGUACAUAAGGUUACUUAAGUUAUUAUUACCCGUUAAAUACAAAAGUUAUAUAAAAAAAAAUUAGGAAAUCGAGGUGGUUCGCAGCAUAGUCGUAAAUAGGGUUUAAGAUUUGGGGAGAGGGGUUGAAACCAUUGCUUAUCAGUGAAUCAGCUGUGAAAAUAAUAAACACCUACAAAAUUUGGGAGGGAAGGGGAGACAUACUCCCUCUUGGCAUCAGCGGACCGCUAUUGAGUUGGAUAUGGACCUGUGUCGGGCUAUUUUUGAGUCGCAAACCCACAAACAUGAUUCGUGUCAUUAUGUUUUAUGAUUUUAUGAUACAUUUAUGCACCUUACAUAUUGAGAAAAAUAGAACAUACAAUGGGGUAAAAUUUCCCUCAAACUAAGUCUUGAUAUAGUAUAGUUAAUAAGAAAUAUAUUUAGGUAUUUUUUUACAUAUUUAUUUAUUAUUUAAUCAUUGUUGUCCCUCAAAAUAUGGGUUAUUUAUGCGUUAUGCGUAUGAUAGUAGUAAGUAUAAAAUGGUACAGGAAGGGUAUUGAGAUAAAAAUGAAAUUGUUAUGAAUAAGUUGGCGAGCAGAGGGAUCGUUUUUAUUUUCAGUUUUAUUAUGGACCGGUCAAAACUAUUGUCCCUUCUCUCAAAAACUGACAUGACACCACUCACUGCAGUUUUAUUAUUUGAAUUUACGAUGGUGUCUUUAAUUUCUAAUAAAUGCACGGCCCACUCUAUCCAUUAUUGAGGCACACAACCUAUUUUUAGUACCUGUAUACUAUGAGCUACAAAUUACAAUUAACAAUAUUACAAUAAUAUAAUAAUUUAUAAAUAACAUCAUGAUUAAUACAAUAUGUUCAAGCAAGAAUUCAAAUCUUAAAAAUACGAAAACGAAUGCACAGUAAAAUAUUCCAAAUGCAAUUCGCAUGUUGUUUGAUUGUCGUGACUAUUUUUUUCAAUUUUUAUCCUUCACUUUUCAUCAAUAUAUCAAAUAAUAAAAUCUUUGCGACGUAAGUAGAAAAAAAUUGUCCUUUUUUUUUUUUUUGGUUUUGUCUAUUUAUUAUGAACUUAAGAUAUCAAAAAAUGACUCUUCUUAUCAGUGGCUUUAUACUAAAAGGAAUAAAAACGAUAAUUUUUCGAUUAAAGUAAUAGUUUUGGUAGACAAAUUGUUCACAAAAAAAAAAACACAUAUAUUAAAACCAAUAAAACCUUCACUAAGCUCCGAUUCUAAAAAAAAAAAUAACAGUAGUAAAAUCAAUACAUCAUAGGCUUUGUUCAAAUUUACAAAAUAUUAAUAGCCAUUGUAGUACUAAUGUUAGUUUCAGUUAAUAAUGUGAACAUGAUUUUAGGUACGUAUUGUUCAUUUGUUCAUAUCAGUUUUGAAUUAUAAUUUCCUUUUUUUCUCAUAUAAGAAUCAUAUUAUAUUUUUUACAUCAAGGUCAAAAAAUUGCUUAGCUAUAGUUUAUACAUUUGUCUAUAUGCAUUUUUAAUAGUUAAUAAAAAUAAUAAAUAACUUACCAUCACAAAUUAUUUACGAUGGCAAACAUAGGAAAUCAGAAAAAUUAGGUUAUAUUCCUACUUAUGAUAAAUUAAUAAUAAUAAUCAAUAUAGUAGGUACCUAUGUAUACUGUAUAGCCGUAUAGCUAUGUCCUUUUCAGGAACCUCCAGGUUUAGGUCAUUAAACCCAGUACCUAUAUAUGUUACUAUCACGAUGUAUGAAUAAUUUAUAGCCAUUCUAUUGAGUAAUAUAGAUUUUAACCGGAACAAAGAAAAUAUUUGUGUUCAUACCCGUGUUAAAAUUAAAAUUAAGUUAUAUUAUUUUUUUUUAUCUUUCAAUUUUUCUGAAAAAACAACGAAAAUAUUAUAAUAGAAUUAAUAAAUAUUUAGUAUACAAACGAGCGUUAAAAAAAAUUGUCAUUCUCACUUUGCGAAAUUAUAAUUAUCCUCGUACAACUUAAUUAUUUAUCAAGUAAAAUUUUAAAAUAAUAGUGCUAUUAGCAUUCAUUAAUUUUAUUUAUUAAUUUAAUAUAAUUUUUUUUUACAAAGUUUUAUGAUUUAUCAUUGUUAGUAAUAUAACUAAAAUUUGUUUACAUUUGAACCUCCUCUUCAUUUUUAAUUUCAAAUUGCAAAAGAUACUGAAAAUAAAUGUUAUACUCGUAUAUAUUACUUUACUAAAGUAUAGUAAACAGUGUAAACUGUAGUAAACUUUAUAAAUCUAAAGUUUAAAAGAGUAGGUAGUCCGAAUCUCAGACAAUAUAUUAGAUACGUUUUUUAACCUGUAAUGAUCUUUCAUAUUAGCAUGUAAGUUUUAUGCGAAAUUAUUUCUAAAAAUAUGAAACAAUGUAGAAUAAUAUUAUACAUAUUUACCUAUUUAUUAUGACUACACUCCGAAAUAAUGUCUUAUUUUAAAAUAAUAAUUAGGUACACUAAAGUUUUGCUUAUGUAGUGGCACAAAUCUAGUGCUAAUAUAGUUACACAUUAAAUUGUUUAAAACAAAUUCAUACAUCUAAUAACACAAACAAAACUAUAUCUACCAAAGGACAAGAAUGACAAGUUUUUAAUGUAACGGCUAUAUACGGCAUAUAUAGACAUUAACUGUUUCUUUACCUUGAUAACAAUUUGCACUACUUAGUAAUACCUACUAUAAAUUGCAAUAGACAAUUGAAGGUCAUAUCAUAACUUCUUAAACGUCUUAGUAGUAAUUCGUCUUAGUCAGAAUGAAAUUUCAUUUUAGAAAAAUAAUAUAAUGGUAUUAUAUUGUUUAUUGCUUAUGUAUUAACACUCAAAAUGGACAUGACAAAAUAUGACAAAUUAGACAUGUAUAAUUGUUAAUAAUUUAACUCCUCCUUUAAGCUACAGCUCGUAUUGGAGAUGAUGAACUAAAAAAAAUAUAAAUAAAAUGAAUCUCUAUAAAUAUCUUGCAAACUAAAAAUAGUAACUUAACCAAAUGUUACUAGAUAAAGAUAAGAAUAUUACUGAAAGUUAAAAAAUGUUAGGAUGGACCAAUAAGAUUAGAGGUUCUUAGUUAAAUUUGAAUUCCAAAUAUUAUAAAUAGUUUGAAAUAGCUUUCUAUACUUAAACUAAAUUAUAAAAUUUACAAAUUGAUUUGCGAUGAGUAAAUUCAUGUAUUGAGAUUGAAAAACACAUUAAUUAUUUAUUACAGUGUUUAAAAGUAGUGCUUGAGUAGUGUUUUAGCUUUAACAAAGAAAUGUUUAAAAAAAGAAAAAUUACAUCAAAACAAUUUGUAAAUAUGUGUACAGAAAUUCAAGAUAAAAAUACUAUUUGUACCUAUUACUAGUUUUAGAAUUAUAGAAAUGUGACAUAUUAGGUUGUAAAUUUUAAAAAUUAGUCUUUCUUAAACAUAAUAGAUUUCCACAAAAAAAAAUGACGGAUAUACUUUGUAUCACGGGUGAGAAACUGGUGUAAACGAUAAGUUGGAAAGGUAGGAAAUAGAGGGGAAUUCAAUUUAUACCUGUAUGCAACGAUUACAAUCAUUGAUAACGAAAAACGAUUCUGAAGAGCGGAAUUCGGUUACACAUAUUUUAAAAGGCCGUAAUUUUCGUUAAAGUUUGAUAUUAAAAUUAUUAUAAAAAAAAAAUUACAUUAAACUCAGCUUUUCUUGUUAUUGAUCACUAUAAGUAAGACUUAAAAUGACUAAUAAUGAAUCUUCUGUUAAAUUUUCGAGCAUUUCUGUUGGGUCCAAUAAUUUUAUCUAUAGAGUGAUGAGUAUCAACGAAAUAAAAAUUACGUAAAAACCUCGAAAAAUUAAAAUUAUUUAUAUAUAGUACAUAUGUGAACAAUAUAAACCUACUUUAAAAAUGACUAUAUCACAUAUAUUUAAUUGUGUGUAUAUCAAACAUUAAGGUCAAAAUUAAGUUUUUAUCAUAAACAUAUGCUCUGUGAAUUUUAAUAGUCGCCCCUUCGUUAUGACCAAAUGACCACCACCCACCAGAAAAAAGGGGAGGGGGCAACUGCCCCUCUUGGGUUAUAGGUUCGCUGCAACUGCACGUAUAAUAUAGUAUAUACAUAGAAAACUAAAAAUUAAGAUCACUAUAAAAGAGAUAUCGAAGACGACGAAAAGAAAAGAUACUAUGGGCGCACGCUCAUCUCGUCAAAUCGUGCCAGUUGUAAAAGAGCAUUUCGUGCUAUCGUAUACACAAUAGUCAAUAGGUACAGCAUACGCAACACUAUACGUCUAAUAUAUUAUAAUAGGUAUAGUAUAAUCAAUGGUUUUAACUUUUAACUGUAGUUUAUUUAUAUAUAAUUUGCAAAGUUUAAAUAUAGAUGUAUACAAACAUUUUGUUUAACGAAAAAAUAAAACAAAAAAAUUCUAAAUUAAUAUACUUGUAUAAUACACUGCAAAAUCGAUUAAAUCGUGUGUUAAAAUUGUUGUACACAAAUUGAUAAUCAGAAAAAACUUUACGUGAACUGUCAAUAAUCAAUGUUCGUUUUUAGUGUUUUCAAAUAUAAUCUGACCUAGUUUUUACCGAAAGCUCUUAACAACUAAAUAAUCUAUUUAUGUGCACACAUUUAUUUUUAUCAGGAUAUUUACACAGGUACAAAUUGGGAGGGGGGAGUGUCAAUUCUCCCAAAAUCAAUAGUAAACGCUCUUAGAAAUUUGACUUAUUGUUUUAGAUUCUGAGAAGGGCGAGUAAUGUAGGUAUUGGUUUUACAAUGAUGUUUAUAUUAUUUAUUUAUUUAUUUUUUUCUGCAAUUUUACUCCGAUUUACAAUAAUAGCACUUUUUCUGAACGGACAACGGUCUGGGGGGGUUCUUUGAAGAGGUUAUUUUUUAAUUUUGCUAGGAGUCUCCCUAUUAAAUUGGAAAAACGGGGGAAAAUAGGUACAAUAUUAAACAAAUAUUAUUAAAGAAAAUAUAUAAUGCAUAUGUAAUCGUUUUACCAUAAUAUGACCAUAGUAUGUACUAUUGACUAUCAUCCGAAUUCCGCUCAGAAUCGUUUUUUGCGUUAGCAAUGGUCUAUCGUUGCUUAUAGAUAUACAUUAAAUUUCCCCUCUACUUCUACCUUCCCAACUUUUAACCUAAAACAGUGGGACUGCGCCCGUCCCCAUUAUCCUAGAACAGAUUUUUUUUGUUCAAUACAUUUUUGCUACACCAAAUGAAGACUAUUCAAUUAGGUGCCUCAUAUAUGUUGAAUCAAACUUGUCUAUCGUUUUUUCGGUCAAUACAUAAAAACACUAAUUGCGCGUUUAAAAGUUGGAGCAAAAAAAAAAAAAAAUUAUUAUUUUCACGAAUAGCGCCUAUACUAUAAUAAUUUAGCGUGUGAUGUAUUACUAGAAUUUGUUCACGGGUGACGGGUCACGCACAUCGAAACGUUUCGUUUUGAAUACACCGCACUCGUGGGUCUCGUGGGUUGAAGACCCCUGGCGUAUAUUUCAUAGCCGAUCGACGACAAAAUAUUAUUAUCCGUGUCAUUGUACAUGUAUGAAUGUGUGUGUGUGUGUGUGUGUGUGUGGAGCGAUGGCAUAAUAUUAUUUUAUGUUAUGCGUGUGGCGUACGUCACGACCGGCGUGUACCUACGCCCCGGACGGGCGUUUGCCUGCAGGACGAUAACCCUCGGGCGUCGCCACUAACCGCGGCCGACACAAUAUUAAACACACACGACAAUAUUAUUUAAUAGCACACACGAUCCUGCGUGUGCGACCGCCGUCGUAGGCGCAACCGUGUGUACGUACGGUAUUAUUGUAAACAAUAAUAUUGUAACGCGCGUGGUCCAAGUGCGGGGAGCAUAUUAAACGCUCUCGCCGGCGGGACGGGACGUGUAGGUAUACUGUAUCGUCAGUCGGCCGACUAGAACCGAUGACUCGACCGCCAGGUAUACGUUUAUAUUGUACACGUCCCGUCGCCCGUCCGUGAACGAGCGCCGAGUCUUCGUUGUGCGGGGGGAGGCGAGGGGAAAAAAAACCAGACAUUCGUAAGUCAUAAAUUCAUAAUUAUUACUAUGUCGUCGUGCGAUAUAGCUCGGCGGUCACUAUACAAUAAUAAUAUUAUGUGGAAGUGUUUUUAUUUUUUUUCUCAGAGCUUUUGAGUUUUCGGGUCAAGAUCACGAGCGGGGAAUUACGCGCGUGCACUGCAGCGUAUAUGAUGUGUGCUGUGCGUGGCUGGCGCCGAGGGGAACCCCCAAAGCCUUGACCGUUGCGUAACCGGAUCUCGGCCGGCGGUGGCGGUGUUCGCAUAUUACACGUAACUCUGAGAGAGACCGCGCACGUUUGACACGAUACUAUUGCACCGCGCGCAGAAGUCGCCGGAACAUUCGGCUCGCGGAACGCACGUACGACGCAUCGACGCACCGCAUCACCGCCAGGGCCCACAGCGUAGUUUAACGCGGACGACUGUACGUGAGUAGAUGAUUUUUUUUUUCUAUACAUUUAAGAGGACGGUACACACACGCACGGUAUACGUUAAAAAACAUGUUUAUGCAGACUACACAUAAUUCGCUAAAUUUUGGUUUUAGAGCAAAAACACCUACUACAAAGUCAAAAGAAAACAAAAUUCUGGGGGGCGAGACGUUGCGUUUUUUCCAUUUUCUGUGAAUAUAUUCAGUCGAUUUACCGUUUAUAAAUAACGAAUUUUUCAACGUGUUUUUGAUUCGCUAAACUUUGUCAAAAAAAAAAAAACGCAACUUCUUGCUCUCCGGAAUAUUGUUCUCUAUUAAUAGAUGCUUUUACUCUUAAACCAAAACCAAGCGAAUUCUGGGUAGUCUGCGUAAGCAUGUUUUUACUAUAUCUUGUGUUUGUAAGACAGAAACAACAAUUAAUGCAUAUGUAACGUCCUCUUGACAGCUUUAACCGUUUGCACAGCCGCGCCACAAGCAUUCCUCCCACGACUGUUUCGUUUUUGGUCCGAAAUGCAUUUUAUCAAAAUCGAUUUCGAAAAAUUUCGAAUCACUUUUUUCCUCCAGAAUAUUUCGACCGGACUUAGGUCUUUUUGAAAUUGUUUGCGCAAAAAACUUACUACGGUUUUUCUUUUAGGCCCGCGUUAUUCACGGAAACAGAAUUUACCUUUAUUUUUGUUUGGUUUGAUGGUUUGAUUUCUUCGUUUUGUCUGGCCAAUUAUUCAUACGCAGCAUAGCAAUAUUUAGACUAACUUUCUGUCUAUCAGUCGCAUUGAUAUAGUGAUACGAAAACAAAUUUCGAUGUGCACAUAAAAUCAUUCGAGUCACUUUUUUCAAUUAAAUUUUAGUUUUUUUUUUUUUUAUACACAUUUUUAAAAAUUACAAAAUUAUUAUAUCAAUUUGUUUUAAAUCAAAGAUUGAAAUUCGAAAAAGUAGCCUGGUCGAUAUGGUCUUUAUGGUAAAUUCGAAAUGAAUUUUAGAAUUUUUAGAAAAUAUCCGGUUCGAAUUCUGAGUUUUAUAUUCUGAGCGUAGAAAAUGCUAUUUAUUUAAAGCAUUUUGGGAGAUGUUUUUUUAAUUGUCCUAAUAAAUGGGAAAAAACGGGAAAAAGUACGCAAUAAUGGUUCGGUUGUAUUUUAUUUUGUUUUUUUGUUGUAAUUGAGUUAAAUAUAAUCGUUGAGACCAGACAUUUUUACUGAAUACUUUUUGAGUUAUUUAUAGGUAUUAUAUAUUUUCAAUUUUGUUUUUAGUUAUAGCUAGGGGAUGAAUUUAUAGGCACUUAAAAUCCAUAAAAAGCUAUUAAAAAUGUUAAAAAAUCACUUUAAACAUAUUUAAAAGCCCACCCUCUCUAAUGGUUUUAUCUUAUUAAAAAUAAUUUGUUAACACAAUAAAAAUGAUCAUCACAGUAAAUUUUUUCAAAUAAAUGUGUACGUGUAUAAAAAAAAACAUUGUGUUAAUCAUUUUUGUAGUGUUAAAAAAUUAUUUUCAAAAAGUCAGAAACAUUAGAGGGAAGAAUUUCAAUACCUUUACCAUUAUUAAUGUUUUAAAUAUUUUUAAGUGUUUUUUCACGACUUAAGUGCUUUUUUACGAAUUUUAAGUACAUAUUUAUUUAUUUUAGUAAAAAGAUAAUAGGUCCUACUGAGAGAACUCAUAUAGGAGACCAAAAGUUCUAAUAAUAUUAUAAAUACAUAAAUUUAUACUGCAGUAAUUAAUAUUUAAUAGUAAAUUUACAAUAUUAUAGUAGGUACAAUAAGUAUAUAAACAGUGGAUCAAAUCUAAACGGAAUAAAAACCCUAAAUAAUCCAGCAAAAAUAAUCAAAAAUUUAACCUGAGAUUCAUCAUACAAUGUACUAUGCGAUUAAAAUAUUUACCGUAAUGUAGUAGUUUUUUUUUUUUUAAGCGUAAAGUUAUAAUUUUCUUGUAAAUCAUAACAACAACAAGGCAUUUUCAAACAUUAAUAACCGCAAUAUUCGCUCAGAAACGUAUUUUGUAAGUAUUAAGUAAUGAUUACUCAAUACUUAAAUUUAUAUAAGUAGGUUUAAUGUAUAUAUACUAUAUAGGAUAUCCCACGAAGAUAUACUCAUUGUAUUAUCACCGGUGAUAAUAAAAAUAAUCAAAUUUUGUUGUUUUUUUUUUUAUUAUUCACAUGGAUAAGGACUGCACAUAUUUAUAAUUCAAUUAAUUUGUUAGGUUUUUGGUAAAAAACUAAAAAAAUAACUUUUUAGUUUAUUAUUUCCAAAAACUUUUAGAAAACAGACAUUUUAUAGAGUUUAUUCUUCGAAUUUUGACGUAACAAUUUUUAAAUUAAAUUACAAAUUUUUAAUAUUUUUUUAAAGUUUAAAGAAUAGUACUUAUAAUAUUAUGCAGUAAGCUGUAAUCACAUUAACCACGCUAAUAGAUUAUGAUUAUUAAAAUGGCUAAUUGACUACACCUUUUUCUCUAAACUUUAAAAAAAUCAUGGAUUUUAUGAAAAUAAAAAGUUGAUAGUCACGUCAAAAUAUUUAGGAGAAUAGACUUUAAAAUGGCUAUUUUCAAAUUUUUCGAAAAUAAUAAAAUAAAAAGUUAUUUCUUAGUUUUUUUAUAAAACAUAACAAAUUAAUUGAAAUAUAAAUAUUUGUAGUCCUUAUCUCUGUGAGUUAUGUAAAAAUAAAAACAGGAUUUGAUUAUUUUUAUUAUCUCAGGAUAUAUUGCAAUGGGUUCUUCGUGGGGCACCCUGUAUGGUGUAUAGUAACUAGUUAGAUCAAAGGGAGUGGACCCAGACAUAGUUUUUUCGCAGGCUUCUAUAAAUGUUUUGUUUUAAAAUAAUGUGUAAUAAUACCAUCGAAUCUUGUUUCACGAAAAAAAAUUCGGUGAGCAGCGAAUUUAGGUAAAUAACGUAAUAAAAUUUGUAUAGGUAUAUUUGUUUUCCGGUUUAAAUUAUCGCUGACUAAAAAAUGGUAUUAAGGUUAAUCAUCAGAUUGUAAUAAGGAACAACUAAGGUCUUAUAGUUGAUAAGGAGGAAGUCAAUAAUGACCAAGUUAUUAGACGCGAAAUGUAAAUAUUUACAAAAUGUUGAUAAAUUGUCGAACUGAAAUUUCCUUUGAAAAAAUAUUUUUGAAAUGCAAUCUUUUACGUUUCACGACUAUAAACAUGGUCAAUAUUGAUUUUUUUGUUAUCAACUUUAGGGCCUUAUUACAUUCUUAUUAAUUUUCUUCGUGACAUUUUUUUAAAUAUUUAAAUAAUAUAUAUUAUAUUUUAUACAUAAUUAUAUAUUUAUAGUAUAUAGGUUUGGUAAUUGUCCGAAAUCCGAAGAUAUUUUAACGAGGAACUAAUUAAAUAUAAUUUAAUGUGUAUAUUAUAUAUAGGUACUUGCUUUUUGAUGAUAUAAAAGAACGUUUUUUGAAAGGGAUUUAUAUUUGACAAUUAUAGCCCCUUACCCCUCAAGAAGGCCUGGAUCCGUGCCUGGUGAAAACGUAGUUGUUCAUACAUUGACUAAUUUGAUAAAUUUGUGGCGUACUUAUAUGCCAGACGUCCGUUAGUCUUAGUUGUAUCCCCCGCUAAGCACAUAUACAGAAGGGGUUUAGGGAUCCAACUCCCUUCAGAAAUAUUUAAAGUAGGUGUAUAUAUUUAUAAUUAAACAAAUAAAACUAACAACAAGUACAUGUAUUAAACAUAUUUUUAACCCCCUCAGGAAAUUGAUCCUGAAUACGUAAUUGUCCCUCGCCCCCAGUUAGCUUGACCAUGUUACAGCUAUGCGUAUUUACCUAUUUAGUAGCUUUGAUUUGAAACUGUAUAUUAUAUUAUGUUAGCCAAUAGAUACGCGGAAAAACGUUUGAUUUAUUCAACAAAAAUUGGCUAUUUUGCAGGGUGUAUAAAGAUUCUACGAUUUAUUCGUGUAUCAUGAUGAUCUUUAUUAACACUAUACAUCACCUCCUAUUGAAAAUUGUCGGACACGUCACUGCAGACGUCGUCUCGAUCGAACGCGCCGUCUUGUCGUCGUCCAAACGUAAACGCAGUUUUAUUAUUAUUUUUUUGCUUUUUCCAAAAUCAAUUUUCGACGUUUCAUUUGAUUUCAAGAGCGCGUUUCGUAGUUUUAUUUUGUAGGUCAUAUACUGGAGCGAAUAAUCGAGCAUAGUAGUUUAGGUUGGGUACCCAUUUUAUAACGCCGCGCAGAACUGUCGGAGCCUCGAUUUUAUACACAUAUUAUAAUAUUAUAAUAAUAAUAUGUAUGUCGGCGCGCGGGGGUCGCCUCGCCUAGAAUAAUCUCGGUUUUUAUAAAGUUUUUUUUUUUUUUUUUUUGUAAUUAUUUACAUAAUGAUAUCGCGCGGUGUCGUUUUCGUCACAAGGACGCGUACGUGCCAGUCGGAUCUGUGAGCGUGGGGGUAUUUAUUUUAGAUUACUAUUAUAUAAUUGUAACAAAUUUAAUUCACACGCCUCCACCGCCGCACUACGCGCGUGGUCUUUUAAAAUGUUAUUUCAUACAUUUGUAUAAGACGUGUGCUGUAUGUUUAUAUUACAGUCGCCGGGGGUAGGUGCUAUUUAUACACGCGAGCGUUGACUGCACUGUAUUGUGUACUACAAUAUGAUAUUAUUUACAUUAAAUUAUUGCGCAAAAAAAAAAAAAAGUCAUAUUUCAGUUAUAGAGAACCUGUAUUGUUUAAAUCGAGACGAAUGUGCGCGAUUUUUGUUUUCGCAAUAUUUGCACGAGUAAUUUUUUCUCUCGAAAAACAUACAAAACACACACACCGUAUAUACGUACCUACACAUAAUUAUAUUAUAUUUACCGGUAUAGGUACCUUGUACCAUUAUAAUAUUGCAUACGUCGAUGUACACGCGCAUGUAUACAUUGUGUACAUUGUACUCCUACAUACAAUAAUAGAUACCCUAACCUGACGUAUUGAAAUUAAAAAAAAAAAAGUAGACGAUAUUUUGGAACAAUUAUAUCGUUAUCACUUUUGUUAUUCAAUGCAUAAUAAUAUUAUUGUGCAAUAUUUUUCUCAAAGAAAAACUCUUAUUAUAAAAAUAUAAUUUUAUAUUAAUAGGUAUUAACCGCUGUAUACAGCCGUAAUGGCCCAUUGCCAUUAGUGAUUUUUGUUUAGCAAGCGAAACGUUUAUGUACAUUAUUAUUUUUGGCGUUAGGUGCGUAUGUAUAUAAGCAGCUAUUAGAAAUCUAAUUAAUUUUUUGUAAUACAUACCUGUACCUAUAUUCUAUUGUGUAUAGUUUCGUAACUCAAGUGUUAAAUUAAAGUCACUUUUGAUGUGUCAAACAAUCAUAAAACAGUUGUAUAUAUUUUAAUAUACAGGGCUUAUAUAGGGCUCUAUAUGACUAAUAUUGCUUGGGAUUUUAUCGGAGACGUAAAAGGCCUUUAAAUAUAUGACGUGUAUUUAUGCUUUCGAUAAAAAAAAGUCGUCAAAUAUGCCCUGCAAAUUAUACCCUUACAGUACACAAAUAAUGUAAUGAUAAUUCAAAUUAAGACUGACUGAUAUGAGUAGAUAUUAUUAUAAUGUAGUUUUUUCAGCAGUGUGUGUGUAAAUUAACUCGCUCGCAUAAUUAUUAAUAAUAAAUUAUUAUGUUUUAUUAUUUUUUACUGCCUUCUGCAGCAAUAGUCAACUAAAGUUAAAACAAUACAUAAAAGACAGUCUGCAGUAGGCAGUUAAAUAAUGAUAUUUUAUAAAUCUUGAGGCCUGAAGGGUCACCAAACACUAACACGACUGGGGGCCUCGGCUGCAUUCACGGCCUAGCGGUCAUGGCUGCAGAUCAAUACUGUAACUAAUUGAAUUAUUUUUUUAGAAUUGUUAAUACUUAUUAAUUGUAAAUCUUGAUCUCGUAUAUACUUCACGCUGAAUUCAAAUCUGUUUUCUGAAUUAUACUCGCUUCACUACGUCGAUCGACGAACAGAAAGUUGGUCUAAAUUGCUAGAGUAGCGUAUGUGUUACAACAAAUAAAGAAAAUAUCCGUUUCGAAUCUAGAUUCUGAGCAUAAAUUAAAUAAACGUAUUUAGUUUUACUAGAAUUUGUUUCUAGGUGUGGUUUUUAGUAGAAAAUGUCGUCUAGUCAGUUGGGGAGGUUAUGAUUUGAUUUUCUUAAGAAACUGGGAAAAAACGGGGAAAUGUAUGAAAUAAAUAUGGUUUCGGUUAUUUUCGAUUUUUUUAUUUUUUUAUUAUAAUUUAAUUUAAAAUAACUGUUAAGCCUUGGAAUUUUUACUGAAUACUUAUAUGAGCCCAAGAAAAAUCGCAAGGAUGUUUUGCGAAUUGUACCACUUCUAUAUAUAUACGGCUAAUAUAGGUAUUCUGUGAUAUGGUGAUUUGCAACAAGAAUCCCGGUGCUGUUGGCAAUAUAUAAAAUGAUUAAAUUUACCGAAAUUGUACUUACCUAUAAACUAACAAUAAAUUAUUUGGACAAGUACCUAAUUACGAAGUAGUAAUUAUGUAUUUUUAAUACGCUUUGUGUUACUGUAUAUAAUUUUUUUUUUCAAAUUAAGUCGGUAAUAAUAUAUUCCAUUUUUCCUCGUGGAAUACCUUUCCAGUAUAUAUUUAUUAAUUCUAUUUACACAAGUUUAUAUUCUUCUCGUACAAAAAUCAACUGGUUUGUGUAUUUUCGAAAGUAAAACCUGAUUAUUUGUAGGUACCAACGACGAAUCAGUAUUAUUUGAAUGUACUUACAUAUUAUUAUUAUAUUAUAUACAUAUUUUGUUGCAUACAAUUGAAAUUAUAUUAUAAAAUGUCAUGGUAUGUGUAAUCAAAAUCGAUAAAACUGCAGAAAUGCAUAUUUUACACAAUUUAAAAUGUUUGUAUUUUGCUUUAAUCCGAAAUGUGUAGUCCGAAUCGUUCAUGCUGCAGGGAAGUAAAUAGUAAUACAUUCGAAUUUACGACUUAUUAAUCGAAAAAUAGGAAAAACCAUUUCGAAAUCAAAAUAUUUAACCCACAAUAAAGUACCCACUAUAUAUACAUUACAAUAAUCAUUAUACGGGGAAAAGAAAGCAUAGGUAUAUUAGGUAGGUAAUCUAACCUAUAUAUAAUACCAUUAGAGGUGUAGACAAUAUAAUAUGACUCGAUACUCGUUAUAUCAUAAUAGUACGUAUUAGCAUAAUUAUGUUCGCAAUAGGUAUUAUAGGUGGCAAUACACGACACCGGAAUAGAAUUCAAUAACGGUUUAUGAAAUACUACGCGGUGAGGAAUUGUAAAAUAUUCUACAAGAGAACUCUUCUAUUAAUUAUUACUAAUCGAAUUUUUUAAAACCGCAUAAAACUGUAAUUACCAUGUUAUAUGCAGUCUUUAAUACGUAAUAAAUAACCUUAGUUAAUGCGUAUAAUUAUUCAGGUUAAUGUAUACUACAUCUCAAUGAUUAGGAUUAAACUCAUAUAUUAAUAAAAUAAAAUAUAAAUUAUAAAAUAUGUAUAAUACAUAAUUAUAAUUUGAUAUUCAAUUCCCUGCCACAAAAUUAAAAUUAAAAAAAUACCUAAUUUGAUUAAAAUAUAUUUAAUUUAUAUGUAUCACUUAAUACGAAUAUCAGUCAAUUAUCGAUUUGACGCAUUAAGGUAAUUCGAAUUAAACACACGUUUACAUAGACGUUGAACUAAAUAAAAAAUAGGUUAAUGCGCACUACACCGAAUUCAUGUAAACGUGGUAAAUUAUGAACUUGACUGGUAAAACAUACAAUAUUAGCGCGUAAUAAUAAUAUCAUUAUGAUUUGUACAUUUUUUGAAGUCUGUUAGAAAAAAAAAACACUCGUACUUAUAAGUACGCGCGUACGAAUUAUUUCAACAUUUCAAAUGACUUUUUUUUUUUACAAGCAAAGCAUUGGUACCUACUUACCUGAUAAUAAUGUGAACGCAUAUUUAUAAACAAACGUAGUAUGUACGUAAUAUACGAAUAUUAUGCCGACAUUGACGACAUAUUGCGCAUAAUAUAAUCGCAGUGUGUAUGCGAAAUAAAUUGAGACACGUCAUAUUAUUUUUACGUUUUGCUAAUAAUAAUUGCCCGAUGAACGAAAAGAUGACGUCUUAAAUAAUAUUAUUAUCUCGGAUUCAAGUGCAAUAGAGUGACGAAUGUUAUAAUAUCCUGUGAAAUAGACUUCUCCUAUACUUUAUCGCGGAUAAACUGCAGUCAGUUUAGCGUAGUACACAAAGAUUUUAAAAUCUAUGUAAAAUUGUAUUUUAAAUAUUUGAAGAGAUUUAGAUUUUUAGCGCUAACUAUCGAUAAAAAUAUGCAUUAAGUUCAAAUUGAAAAUUAAAUUUUGAAUAGUUGCGUUCGAUCGAGGUUCUUUAUUUAAAUUUAUUUUAUUAAUUAUAGGCAUAUAUAUAUAUAUAAAUAUACCUGUAUAUUAAUGAAAUAGUAAUUACAAUUGCUGAAAAGUUGUUUGUCCAAAAUAAUAAAUAACAAACGUGUUUUAAUUUUUUUGCUAUUAAAUAAUACAUUUUAUCGGUCGUAUGAUUUGGUACUUUUUCGUACUAUAAAUUCUGGGCUCUGAGUAUUACUACCUAAUCAAAUAAUAAUCAAUAUCUGCACAUUUGCGCUUUACUAACUCGGUCGUACUUCGCAACACAAUCACAAUAAAAAUGUUGUAUUCAAUAAUAUUGAUUUAGGCGUGUUUUUCGUAAGUACACGCUUACAGGCUUAACGUACGGCACGUUUGUACAAACCUAACUUUUAUUUACUAUACGUUUAGCCACCCCUGUUCCCCGCCAUGUACCCGUUGAAAAAUCAUGGGUACGCUACCGAAAUCUAUCGUGACUAUCGUUAUUCGGGCUUAUCUCCGUAUAGAUAAACGUAAUAAUAUUAUUAUUAUUUAAUACUCGCUGCGAAACUCAUUUUUUUUUUUCAAUCCGAACGUGAAAGUAUAUUUUAUAUUUUGUUUCAACGCGAUGCGUAUAAUAAUAUGUAUAGGUAGUUAUAGGUUAGUAGACGCCGCUUCUUGUAUAAUGCAUAAUAUAAUACACGCGACUCAUUAAUAAUUUAUUGUGUACAUAAUAUUGUAAAUAAAAAUACAAAAUAUAUUAUAAUGUGUGUACAAGCAAUACGGCCGACAAUAUCACGAGUUAUUAUUUAAUACACAGCAAACCGUAUGUACCGUGCUUAUAAUGUUAUGUGUACGAUUCCGUAUAAAGGCGCCUAUAAUCUAUAUUAUGCAGGUAUGGUUAUUUACGAAAAAAAAUAAUAAAAAAUAAAAAGUCGCAAAGACGUCGUCACGCAGCCGCAGCGCUCACCGAAAUCCUUUUUGUUAAUUUUUUUUUUCUCCUUUUUACACAAUUACCUAUAUCAUAGUAUUAUUGUGUUUGCGGGAGAAAUAAAAACUACACUUUUCGUUUCAUUAGAUUUUUCUUAUUGUUUCAAAAUAACGUCUGAGUGAUUAAUUAUUUUCGGCGGGAUACGUAUACCUGUAUAACAUAAUUAUAUUUCGUUCUCGUCGAUGUCUUUUGUCUGCACCUGUAUACUAAGGUAAUAUUGUUAUUGUGUCAAUGUCCGUCGGAUUUCGUGCAUAGGUAUUAUAUUCAAUUUUAUUAUUUCAUUAAAAUGUUGUUUUUUUUUUCUGUACAUUUAUAGGUACGCACGAUUUAUUGACAAAACAACGAUAAUAAUGAUUUUUUUUUGUUUUUCGGUCUUCUCUCGUUCAAUAAUUAUUAUUACUCGUGUAUUACAUGUGUUCCUGCUCGGAACACGGAACUAUAAACAAGAAGAGUAAGUACGGAUGACGCUGUGCAUCAGACGAAAAUAUUUUAAGUAACGCGUACACGCGCGUAAUAUCGGUAAUUAAAAUCAUCGUACCUACACAUACAAUACAAUUACUGUUCUCGCGUGUCGGCGGUACACACACACACACACAGUUAGAAAAACGAACCUGUCUCUAGCUAUAGUUACUGGGGUCGGUACCAUAAUGUUACUGCAUUAUCGUUAUUAUUAUACAGCUGCAAUUGUGGUCCAAAACUAGAAGAAUGAAAAAAAAAAAAAUAAAAAUUAUAAUACAAUGUCGACACCAUGAAUGGAUAUAAAAUAUAAGAGUGUGAUGGCUGCAGGUGGUUCGUACCCGCGUGUAAAAGGCGGGAGGAAAAUAUUAUAACCCGAUACAGAAUUGACAGACAAACCAUAACCAGUCAUCGUUGUCAUUGCCUAUCGAACGGAACGAAAGUGAAAACCUAGUUUCCAUUUCGGUGUAUUUAUUAUAAUAAUAAAAUACGCGUACAAAACGUUAUAUGUUAUACAUAUUUCUUUAUAUACGACAGUGUGUCAAAAUAUACCGAGUGUGUUAUAAUUUUUUUUUUCUAAAUCGUGCGAUAAAGAAUUUUCAACAUCAAAUACACCGCGUACCUAUAUACCGCCGCUGCAGGUAUUAUUAUACGAAGAAAAUGUGAACGUUUUCCGCCGACUAGUACGAAAAAAACGCUCGAUAAUAAUAUAUUGUCUGUACACAAUAUUCAAUAGAACAUCUUUGGGGUGUAAGUGCCAGGUACACAAAAAAAAAAAACGGGCAUAUGAGCCUUUCGUUUUGUAUUGGCUAUAAUUAUAUAAUUAUAUUAUUAUGAACAAUUAAUCCAUAUAAAACGUAUAAAAACCCAUUAAAUCUCUUAUUAAAUUCCAAAACGAUUUGUUAUUUGAUGUUGUAAUACAAUUUAUUUGAAAUAUUAUAUUUUUCGGCUAGAAAAUAGAUAUAACAUAGACGUUUGAAUUUCUGAGCUUAAAUUUAAUACAAUAUCCGAAGGCUCCUAUUAUAUGUUAUUCUAUUGUACAGUAUAAUUUCCUCAGGGUUGUUGACUAUAUACACCAGUCGGUGGUACACUGCACCGUAAUAAAUAAUGGCCGCAAACAGAAAUAUUGUUUUUUUACGUGUACGUAUGACAUUCGAACUUAUCGGGUAUAAACAAAUUUUGUAAUGGGCAGUACACGUAUUGAUCAUUGGCGCACAUUCGGUCUAAAACUUGGGAGUGCUAAAGUUAUUUACGACAGUGUAUCACGUGGGGGCCUUCCAACUUAUUCCACAUUUCGAAAUAAAAUUACAUAUAUUAUUACCUACACAUUAAAUAAACAAAAUUUAAAUAAUAAGAUCCGAUUUUCAACAUAAUGCAUUUUGCAUUGCUCAAUAAACAACCAACAAAGGAUAGGUACCUCUUUAAAAAUAUGAAAACCAUUAACGUAAACUCACAUAAUAAUAUAAUAAAAAUACUAUAUAAUUACUAUUAAUUAUUAUUAUAUUAUAUAUGCAUGUAGUUAAAAUCAAUACGCAAUAGUAUAACAUAGUAAUCAUUUUUAUCUCGUAUAUCUGAGUGCACUAUUAAGAGUAUUAUAUUUAUUUAAUUUAGCUCAAAAUUUGGGGGUGCUAAUUUUAAAUUUAGCGGUGCUAAGCACCCCAUGCCAACCCCUUAUGUGCGCCAACCGUAUCAAUAAUGUUAUGUUUCGAAGCAAUAUUUACCUAUAAAAAUCCGUUACCUAUUUAUUACGGUGUACGAGUAUGUACAGUAUAUAUAAGAACUACAAUUUUAAAAUUUGCCGCGCUUGUCAUUUUUUAUACGUACCUAUGUGCAUGCGAUAUGGUAGACGUUGUAGAAAAAAUUAUAAUAACGUAUGAUAUAUAUAUAUAUAUAUAUAUAAGCCAUAAGGCGUGAUAAAUGUCCGCGAAAAAAACAAAAUAUAUCAUAUAUAGGUUAAGUGACAUACAUUACGAUAUUUCUAAAUAUUUUCGGAUAUCUUAAAAAAUCGGUUAUUUAUCGUGUACAUCUAUAUUAUAUUAUAUUGUCGUAUAAACGUACGUAAUAAUAAGAGAGAUCAUUAAUCAUCGCGCGAAUACCUAAAUUGGUACUAUGGAUAACCGUAUUUCCGACGGUUAGGUCCUAUUAUACCCACCUUCUUGGGUAGGAUAUAGGUGCAUUGUACGUAUACUAUAAUAAUAUUACGUUAUGAUCCUAUAUAAGGUUAUAGGUAUAUUAUCAUAAAUGCAAAAACCACUGUUACAGGGUGAUUUUUUUCACCGUGAACCAGCGAUUGUCCGCGCGCAUAUUAUUUACGAAUGGUUUUGACAAAAUUUGAUUUUCGGGUUUUUUCGCCCCAAACAUUACAGAAUUGGUUAGCGAGCGAGCUCAUCAUCCGUAUAUACAGAUACCGCUUACACCAUUAUACACUACAAUAUCAAAUACAGUAAUAAUCCGAUACAUGUGUAUAACUAAAUACGUUUAUUGGCGCCGAUGCUUAGACACGUAAUACAUUUCCGGUAGCAUUUUUCGAUAAAGUUUCAUAAGUAAAAAGAAAAAAAUUUAACAUUUUGGACUUUGAAAAUAUUGAAUGAUGCGUCUUUCGAACACCGGCGGAGGGAUGGUGGACGGUGGAUUCCUACACCUGAACUCUUUCCCCUCUUCCCUGUACACGUGAAACCUAGCCGUACGCUUUAUUAAACGUUUCACUAUACUAUAUUUGUGUACAGGUGAUGCUAUUACUAAACUGUUUGGCGUGUCUGGCCGCCACCGCGACGUGCGCGGUGUUGCCGCCACCCUGGGCGGACCCGUCACAGAACCCGUGCGCCGCAGAACCGUCGGGCGGAUGGCAGCUGCUCUACUGGCCGGAAGACAAGAAAUGUUACCGGAUAUUCCAGCGCGGAUAUCCAUGUCCGGAGACGAUGGAACUGGUGCCGCGACCGGACCGAAAGGGUUCCGCCGAGUGCGCGUGUCCACCCGGUAGCGUGCGCAGUGCUCGCGAUUCCCGUUGCCAUCAGCUGUUCCGGCUCGGCGAUCCUUGCGACGACGGUCAAUAUUUCGCGCCCGGCCCAGACAGGUAUAAUUGGACGUAAUAAUAUUUUAAUUUCAGUGUAAUUCGAUAGUAUACGAUGUUGGUAACCGAUUGCGGUAGUUUUCGAAAAAUAAAUUGCAUUAUAAUAAUAUAACAACGGGUGUAUACAUAACACGCGUACAUUGUAUGGGCGUGCGCUUGCGGGUGUAGGUCCAGUCACUCGCCUGUGACCUGGACCUUUCGACCAAGGCUUACACUAUUAUAUUACCGGCUAAUAUAAUAUAAUAUACUCGUGGUCUUGUAAAGACAGUCGGUCGUAGCUUUUCUCGUUUUAAAAUUAUUAUGGAUAUGUACCAGCCGUGCUAUUUUGCGGUUAUGAUGUUCAGAGCCGGGAAAGUUCAAUCGCAAGUAAAUCGGGAGAUUCGAAUGUCAAAAAAGCAGGGGGUGGGGGAAUGUAAUUGAACGGUCCGGAGGCCGCUAUAUAAUAAUAACUAUUCCGAUUUUCCCGGUGUCGCGCGUAUUAGACAUUCCUUAUUAAUAAUUAAGCGCUGCUGCAGUUGUUUUAUUUUAUGAAAGUCUCAGGUAUUGUGCGAAUAGCGAUUUAAGCAAAAUAAACGUAUUACUUUUUUUCAUAUGGGUGACUGGACGUAUAUUUUAGAUCGGGAAACAGUUCAUGCACACGUACUUGUAGAUCUCAGGGCACAAUAUAUUAUUCUCUAUAACCGCAGAUCAACACAGCGGUAAUCUGUGAAUCACGUUUUAUACAUAGAUAAUAUUAUUGUUAUAUUUUCAUCGUUGAUAUAAUAUGCGUCUGUAUGUACAGAGAAGACCGAGAGAGAUGGGGUACGUGCGAGGAUCCGUCACCUUGUCCGGACAAAGACGAACUGUUUUGGCCCAAAGACAAACGUUGCUAUCGCAAGCACACCAAAGGACCGUGCACGGAAGGACAACUUUUAGUGUCUAGUGCUCAGAACGACCUGAUCGGAAACUGCAAAUGCGAAAACGUCCAAGAGCUCGCAACGUACUUUUGGGCGCCUACAGGUUAGAUAAAAUUAUUUACGUAUUAUAACAAUACAGAAUAAUACAAUUAUACAAUUUAUUGUAAUAAUAAUUUAAUUAUACUACACGCACAUUUAUUUCCUUUCAUUAAAUUAUUGUGUUUACAGAGAUAGUGAUUCACAUUAAUAUUCGUAUAUUAUUUUACCUAGUAAUUUCCUGUUUUCUCCAGCUAUACGAUAUUAUACAGAAAGUAUUAUUUUUCAUUGAAAAUCUCUCUGCCAGAAUCUUAAAUGUUUUAUUUCUCGAACUUUUCGAAUGGUAGUGUUUUCUAACUAUCGAGAUCUAUAAUUAUCGAAACCAAUAUAAUAUAAUAUGUACGAUAUAAUUAUGACGUAUGUAAUCAUUUUAGUACUUACGCAUAAAUAUGUAUAGUUUAAAUAAACUAUACUUAGAUGAUAUAUUAUAUAGGUCCGUAUGGUUUUUUUUUUCUUAUUAUAUUAUAUUUAAAAUUUGUAUCGUCCUUAAGACUUUAGAGCCUUUAAGUUCAAAAGUCAACGAAAUAGAGAAAAAAAGUAUAAUAUAUUAAACACGUAGGCGCACGUGAUUCACGCUGACGUCGUGGGCUCACUUAUGCAUCAUGCACCACCUGUCCUACGUAUGUAACAAUUUUUAUAUUUCAGGUACGUGUCACGAACAUUACACAACAGGACCUUGUCAGGAACGCGGGGGCAUAUUUUUGCCGGGCGGCCAAUGCGGAUGUGAUCCCACGUUACCGCAUUUCCACAACGGUACUGGGAAAUGUUACCAGCUGGGCGGCAUGGGCCCGUGUUCGCCGGGACAUCAGUUCUUGGUGCCGGCGGGUGGUUCGAAAGCGGAGUGCAUGUGCAAGGAGGGCUACAUAAAGUGGUUCGGCGACGGGGCGUGCUAUAGGCCAUACACACGGGGCCCGUGCGCCGCAGGCAACAUGUACAGCGUGAACACGACGGCCACCGGCAUGGCGGUAGGUUGCGUAGACUUGCCGUGCACCGCGGGCAAACUGUAUUUCCCGGGCGGCAAGGGAUGUCAUCGGGUGGGUACGCAAGGCCCGUGUCCGGCAGGACAGAUCGUGCUGUUCCAGGACACGGUAAAGACGUCCAUCGAGGGCGUCUCGUAUCUGGGCAUGUGCGGUUGUGCCAACGUGGAAGUCUCAAUGCAACAGACGGCUCCCGGGUCGUUUUACUCGGGGUCGCCGUUUGUUGGCGGCGGCGGAUCUGAUCGGAUUCUAACGUGUAAACCGCCACAGUCACCGGCCGAGGCCCGGAAGUUGCAACACGACGGCGGUGGACGCGGUAACGCGGCCAGUCCGAUUAAGAGGCCGUCGAUGACGUCGACGCCCCAAGACCCGUGCGGUCACCGGCGUGGUAUGAUCGCCUGGACCGACUUGUCGUGCACGCAACUAUACCUGCAGGGCCCGUGCGAGCCCGGCGAGUGGGUGGUGCCCGACCGCGGCAAGGGCACCAGGAGGGGCAGGGGCUGGAAGAUGGGCAAGUGCGAGUGCCGGCCCGGAUUCACGGCCGUGCCGGUGAUGUCGGGCGACGGCGGAGCAAACAACGGUACAACGACGGUGUGCCAGCCGCCGACGGUAACGCUGGCCAAGUUUCUGAACAUGAGCGACGAAUUCAACAAGAACAACGCGACGACCGCGAGGACCGUUAUUGACGGCGACCGCGCCGACAGUACUAAUAACAAUAGCAAUAGCGAGGACCACAGCGGCAACAGCGACGAUAAUAGCAAUGGUAACAGCAACAACGGCGUGGCCCAGACGCGAUAAACCGUACCUGUACAAUCGUAAUAUUGUGUAACUCGGCCGUCCGCAGCGAGUACAUACGUUUUUCAACGUACCUACACCUAUAUAAAAGUCAUAAACGCGUAACGUUUAUUUUUUAGAUUAAAAACGUAAUAAGACUGCAACGUACAUAACAUGGUAUGCCAACGUGUUAUGUGUAUAUAUAUAAGUACAUUGCAUUAUAUUAUUAUACUGCGUGCGUGUGUACAAGCCGAGUUUUCGAGAAAUCAUACACAUUCGGUUGUCCGGAAAAGUAGAAAUUUUUAGGAUGUCCGUAGAAAACGAUAAUUAUCUAGAAUAUCGCGAUUGAAUAUCAAAUUAUAUCGCCUAAAAUAAUUGGGUUCAAAUGCGCGUUAUAAUCGACCGUUAAAGAAAAUGGGGUAUUCAAAUACCAAAAUUACCCGUAAUUGAACGCGAUGGACACAAUUUUUUCCCGGCGCGAACCCCAGCGAUUUGCUAUACUAUAUUACUACCGCCACCAUCGCCCCUCUUCCACGAAGAAAUCAGCUGUAAAAUUGUUAUUGUGCACAUAGAUAUUACUUAAACUCACUGUUCUGCGGUUGUAUAGCCUCCGAUCAGCCACGAUCCGCUCGAAAAUUUUGGUCGAAGCACGCAUGUCUUUCUAAAAACAGCCAUCUGAUUGAACAUUAUUAGACCGCAGAGCAUAAUACACUUACUAUUUUCAUAGUGUACCUAAUGUUAUAUUUUACUGAUUCUGCAAUCGUGUAAUUACAUUUUAAAUUCUCAUUUAUUCAUUAUUCCUAUAUACGUCAUACAUGAUAGGUACCUAAUAAUAUAGGCAGGUAUAAAUAUUUUGUUCUAAUAACGUGCAAUAAUUAAAUUAAGUAAAUAUAGGUAUGUAGUUAAUAUUUGUAAAGGUAUAUUAAUUAUUAAUAUGUAUAAAUUAUAAUAAGCAAUUCAACUUGAAUGAAAAAUGUUUGUAUAAAUACAGAUUUAUAAUCGAUAGAUUUUUUUUUUUUUUUAAAUAAUGUAUUAUUAUAAAAAUAGUAAACGUCUCAAAUUAUAAUUUUAAAAUAUUAUAAGAUAAGUUUUUAACGAUUAAGAAAACCAUAAAUAAUGUUACCAACAAAACUAUUGUGACUGUAAAAAUAUAAAUUGAAAUUACCAUUCGUUUUUGAUUAUAGCUAUAAAAGCAGUGC